UGCAGAACUAUUUCAGCUCUGCCUGUAAGGGGAGAGCAUUGAAUAUGAGGACGGUUGCCUACGUGUGACGGGGCAGCAGACGAUCACAGCCAUAAAUCUUAUUUUGACACAAUGUUAAAAGCUAUCAUUCUCAUCGGUGGGCCUAUGAAAGGUACCAGAUUUAGACCUUUGUCUUUGGAAUUGCCCAAACCCUUAUUUCCAGUGGCAGGAUUUCCUAUUAUCUAUCAUCACAUCGAAUCCUGCUGUAAGUUGUCUGACUUACGUGAGAUCAUACUGAUUGGGUUCUACCAACCAAAUGAAGCUCUCAACAAAUUUAUUUCUGAGUCGCAGCAGAUCUUUCAAAUUCAAAUCAGGUAUCUCCAGGAAUACAAUGCUUUGGGAACUGCAGGAGGUCUGUAUCACUUUCGUGACCAAAUUCUGACAGGAGGACCAGAAAUGUUCUUUGUUAUGAAUGCUGAUGUCUGUGGAGAUUUUCCUCUUCAGGAAAUGCAAGACUUCCACAGGAAACUUCCAUCUAAAGCGAUGUGUGUAAUGCUGGCCACAGAGGCAACGAGGCAACAGUCGUUAAUGUAUGGCUGUAUUGUUGAAAACAAGGACACCCAUGAGGUUCUUCAUUAUGUGGAGAAACCAGAGACAUUUAUCAGCACUACCAUCAACUGUGGAAUCUAUCUCUUCACACCUGAAAUUUUCCAACCCCUAGAGGUAGCCUUCAAGAAAAACUUGGAAGAAAACUAUAGUUUUCAAGGCUUCCUGAACAAGGGUUUUGACUAUCAAGUGCCUUCCAAAGAAGUCAUACGCUUGGAGCAAGAUGUGUUUGUACCCAUGGCUGCAUCAGGCACGCUUUUUGUCUACCAGACCAGUUGUUUCUGGAGUCAGAUUAAGUCCGCAGGCGCCGCAAUUUAUACAAACCGACACUAUCUGGCAAUCUAUCGACGAACACACCCAGAGAGACUUGCUGUUAAUGGAGAAGGAAAACCCAAAGUGACUGGAGAUGUCUUUAUCCAUCCCACUGCCCAAGUCCACCCUACAGCUGUGCUGGGACCCAAUGUCACUAUUGGCAAGAACGUUGUGGUGAAGGAGGGCGUGCGUGUCAGGGAAUCCAUUAUCCUUGAGGGUGCAACGCUGCAGGAGCAUUGCUGCAUCUUGCACUCUAUAAUUGGCUGGCACAGCAUCAUUGGCUUCUGGUCUAGAGUUGAGGGCACACCUAAUGACCCAAACCCUAACAAGCCCUUUGCGAAGCUUGAGAUCCCAAGCAUGUUUUCUUCUGAUGGCCGCCUCAACCCAUCCAUCACUGUCAUAGGAUCCAGCGUGCAGGUGCCGCCGGAGGUGAUAGUACUUAACUCCAUUGUACUUCCUCACAAAGACCUGAGUGGCUGCUACAAAAACCAGAUUAUUCUUUGAGGGGUGUUGGAUAAAGUGUCUUUAACAGUAUGAAUAAUCAUAUGUUUCAAAUGUCUGUGGUACCUGCUUUUGGUUUUUAUGAUAUUAACAAUCUAUGAUAAAAAUGUUGGGCUCUUGGAGGGGUAAAAAAAAGGGAGAAUUGUAUGCAAGCACAUGUUGCAUAUCUUGGGAAAAUAGCUUUCAAAAGCAGGUGUUUUUGUGGAAGGUAUAGGAAGCAUCUAAGAAAAACUGUUUCUUCAAAUGGUGGAAUGAUUAUAUAUUAUCCUGUUAAGUAUAUUAAAAAAAAAAAAAAGUAAUAGGAUAAAUCAGUUUGAAAGUUAAAUUUAGAGCUUUUUUGGCUUUACAUUAAAGCAAAAUAAAAUUUGUCAGCGAAAUGAGGAGGAACAUCCUUGUUUGUCAUAAACAUGUUAUUAACAUUUUUGGAUUUGUCUACAAAGAUGCAUCAUUAUUUUCAGAUUUUAUGAUUACACUGUAUGUAUUUCUCUGUCAGCAUAAUUGUUUAUGGCUUGAUUUAUGGUUUUGUUGUACACUGUCACGGUGACUGCUUUUAUUCAGCAGUUUAUCCUUAGAAAGGCUAAAAUCAUAUCAUUUUCUAAGCAUCAAAUAACAUAAAAUUUAGGUCUUGCAUUACCUGGUAUCUGAUAAGGUUUUAUUGUUGGAGGUGAUGCAUUAUGGUCAUUGACAUCCACAGAAUAACAGGGUUUAUCCUAAUGUGUGUUUAAACAGCACUUGUGAUAAAUAUUUUAAAAAUUUUGUCAUUUUGUUUCAGUGUGUACCUUUGAUAAUGUGUAUACUGUUAGAGACUGUUUAUGAGAAAGUUCUCAGUCUUAGAAGAAACAGCAACUAAUUUUGCAUUUAUGUAACAUACAAGCGAUUAUGGCGAGAAGUAUUUUAAACAACAAAAACCAAACCAAAUCAGUAAAAUUGAAGCCAGAAUUAAUUUUUUGAUACCCCUUUAUCUUGGAACAAAGAUAUGUGACAUUUUUAAACAUUACUUCAUGCUUCUAUAAAAAAAUUACUUGUAAGUAUCUGAUAGUUUUAAGAAGUUUAUAUGGUGAAUGAAUAAUAGAAUGUUUCAAGUGUCUCCCACCUUAAUAGGUCGAUGUUUUCCUCAAAAUACCCUUUUAAAAGCAAAUUCUCAUUGAGUAAAUUACUGCUAAUUUCAUUGGCCUUUCUAGAUACCAUUGUUUUUUUCCAUUAUUAGAGGUCCAUGAUGCAAGUCAUUAGCAAAAUAAUAACAAAGAUGUCAUCUGAAAAGGUUGGAGCAGCUGCUCAGUUUCAAAUUGAACCAUGACUAGCCAUAAUCUCGAAAACUGCUACUUUUUUAAGAAUCAGGGAAGACUAUUACUUUGCUCAUCAUUUUGAAAAAGACAAUUGUAACUUAAGGGGUGCCUGUACUGAUCAACGAAAAUACCUAUUUUUACAGGAAUGGGGAAGUGGCUCAGUUAUUUUGCACGUCAGUCACGAAUUAUAUUGAUAUAUAACAGCUAGUACCAUAGUUUUUGUGUGAAGUGUUCAAAGAAUGUAUAGUUUGAUAAUCCAGUGUCACAUAAACUGAAGACAGUAAUAUUUCCUCCCACCCUGCUUUUAUUUUUAAAAUUUAUUUUUAGCAACAAGCAUGUGCUUAAAUUGACUAUACAAGCUGAAACAGACAUAUUAUUAACAAAUUAAAAAGUCCUCAGAAGUCUUUGUUUCAAUGUUAAAUGGCCUUGAACUGUCAGCUCUCAUUUAAUUAACUAAUUGUACAUGAGACUGUAUACAGCAAAUUGUUAUAAAGCUUCAGACCAAGGAGUUAAAUAUAGUUUCAAUAAAAUAAAUUAAGGUGCAAUUAUAAAUCAGUUUUAUAUUUUAUAUGUAAGCCAAUACAAUCAUUUGUACUAUUUACUACUUAUUUUUUAUAAUGAUGGGACAAGUCAUAGCUAUUGUAAUGCUCUUUCUAUUUAUUCUGCAUUUGCCUGUUUAUAUUUUUGAAUUUGUUUCUUUUAGGUCUUAUGUAAUUAAAAUACGAGGGAAAUUUUGUUGGAAAUUAUAUGUAAACAAUUAAUCCAGGAAUAGUUACAUAGCUGCAGUAUAACUAUUAUAUAACAAUUUCUGGACACAUACACAUCUGUACCAGACCACACAUACAAAAGACUGCACCCCCACUGUUUCAGCACUCAAGUGAGUAUCCCCUUUAUUUUCACUAAUUUACAUUUACAGGUACAUCAUUGUUUACAAACAACUGAGGCUGAGAUUGGUAUAAAGCUACAAGGUCUACAUAAAUAAACAGUUUAGAUGACAAUGACAAGGGUGUAAAUCACAAAUCACUACAUGACAUUAACAUACAUAUGACACUACAAACUUUUGUAUCAUUUAAUAUGUAACAGAUCUUAAAAAAAAAAAAAAAAAAA